UCAUGAGCUCUUGCAGAAGGACAUGCACAUGGACUCGUACGAUAGCGAUGUCGACGUAGCCGAAGUCAUCCCAGAGAUGCCCCAACUCCCAUCUGCGCCCUUCGACCUUUGGGUUAGCAAGCUCCAGGAUGUCCCUGCAUUUCCCAUUGUCGCUGUGAUGGAGGCCACCGUGAUUACUGCGGUGGCGAAUGUCAUGGAGCAAGACACUAAAGACUGCUGCUCCUGCUAAACUACCGAGGCGUUCGUGUCCCCGGGCGAUGGGGAUGAACAACCCCGCCACCGGGGACGCUCGGUUCUGCUUAAGCCCCUAUCAGAAACCUGUGCUGUCUCUAUGGAGGCAGGACGCCUUCAGGUGGCCAUGCACGUACGUGCACUUUUGCACACUUUCAUGCAUGGUCAUGCCCUACCAUGCGCGUUGGUACGCCAGAGCUCAUUAGUGUUCCAAAAGGUA